CAAAAACAAUAGGUUCGGACAUCGUUCAAUCACCGGGCUAGUUAACGAGAAUGCUAAAAAAAUGGCUGCUUCUAGCGAGAUUUUAAAUUAUUUUACAAUUUUUUUUGACGACUCCCAGUGAGACUAGCUGUUGAUAUUCGAUGAGUGCAGGCAAAAGAUACAUAGCAGAUAAGAGCCCACAAGAAAGGAGAUACCCGUAAAAACCUUUGCCAUCGACCGAAGCAGCCGGAGAUAGAGUUGGAGGAAGAGAGACGAGAGAAGAAGAGAUCAGAGAGAAAAGGGGGAUAGAGCGAGCGAGGCCAUGGACAACCUGUCGCUGAUGUGGGAGAUCAUGGGACCCGGCAUCGCCGGCGCCGUGUUCGGGGCCGGCUGGUGGUUUUGGGUCGACGCCGUCGUCUGCAGCGCCGUCAAGGUCUCCUUCCUCCAUUACCUCCCUGGGUUUCCGCAGGAAUCUUCGCGUCUCUGGCGGCUCUCAUGUUCAAUUGCGUCAACAGAGACGAUGUCAGCUACGAUUACUACUCUCCCUAUGGGGACAGCGAAUGGAGAUCAAGGAAGCAAGAUAAGCAUCAACAAAAGGAGUGUUCAGAUUUUCAAGCGAAAAUCAUGGUCUAGCCUGAUAUACAGCUUCAAAUCUAUGAUGGACAAUGGUAUGCAUUCAAAUGUGAUCCAGAUCCUGCUUUGUUUGCUCAUAGAUGGAUGAAUUAAUGCUGUUCAAAAAGAGGCCAGAUUCAAGAUCAGAAUGGAUUUCAUAUAUACAUCAUGGUAGAACAAUGGCAUAAAUAAAACCAAUGAUGACUGGUUAUGAUUAGAAUUGAAUAUUUCUAUUGUUGUGUAUUCGAUCAUGAAAUUUUAAUGUGCUCUACAUGAUCAUAUGACAUAGUAUUGUUGAAAUUAAAAGAUCUUGUUUUCAAGUUCUUACUACUAUAAUUGUAUGAGAGCAUAUUAGUAUUUCAUAAUCAAAUAUAGUUGAACUAUGAUCUUAUAUAAAAUCAAGGUUCAGAUGAGAGUCCAGGUGCUGAUUUCUUAAGGUAACCA